UCCCAAUUUGCUGGCGUUGUGUUUACCACCUUUCAGGCAAUGCUCGAGGCGGUUGUUGGAAGCCCCGUGAUUCGAAAGCAAGCAGUAUCGGUCUCAGUCGGCUGCGGGACGUGGUCUCGGACAGAGGUCAAAUUGCCAGCCUCCAAAAUAUGGCCUACCCACGACGCACUGGUGGACACGGACCCCAGACCUGAACAGAGGUCGGACCGCAUUCUUCUACAAGGAUACACAGAAUAUUGCAUAAAGAUUCCAUGAGUCACGUGCCGUCUCUCUGCUCGCAAGUGUGCAUUAACCCACGUGAAUGAAAAUCAGCUUGAAUUGAAUGAGACUAUAAGCCCCAACGUGGGGGCCAAUAUCGUUUAACUUUUCUCCAGGCCAGCACGGGCCUCUUUGUAAAUAAAUAGUUUUAAAGUAACGAGCUGAGUUUUCUGGCGACCUUCCCUCUAAAGAAAGAAAUCAAUAAUAAUCAGUUUACGGUAAGUUCAAGCAAUUCCCUCUUGAAAUCCCUCAAUCAUUUCUGUUUACGUAUCUAGUCUCUCACAAGGCCCUAUAUACGUAAUAUUGUCGACCUCGCCGAGGAUCGAAUCCGGGCUUGCUUAAAAAAGCUUGUAAAUCGCGUUAUCCGUUGUAAAACGUAAACUGUAAAUUAUUUUACAAAAAGUAAAUCAAGCACACUUGCAGGGAAAGAAGACACACUGACUCACGGUAAGGUAUUCCAUUCAUUAAUAUGAUUAUUCUAUAACUAAUGUUAGCUUAAGGUACGUUUAAGUAUUUUUAUUGUAGAAGUGUUUAAAAGAGCGUAGGUAGAAAUCUUAUUAUUGUAACGGCGAACGCGCCAGAGCUUUAUUUUAGCGGCGAGCAAACAAUUUGCCCCGCGAAUUUUCUGUUACUUUGUGCUGUCCUCGUCGGACGAGACAGCACGUGUGUAGAAUAGAUGCCAGAAAGAACCAGAUCAAACUAGGAAGUGCUUUGCCAGGGUUUAUUGCUGUGUUUGAAAGCCUAGCUAGUUAGGAGUGUUUUACUAAUAGUUACGGCAAAAGAAGUGUACAAUUCUUUUGUCUGUGAUAUGUUAGGGUAUUCAUUUUUAACUUAGUUUUCAUUCCAAGUGUUGGUAACCGCUUACCUCUCGGCUAAUUCAGCUUCGCGCUCUCUCGCGCCUGCGCGGUCUCAACCAACCUUCGUCUCAUUCACAGCGGCAGCCAUGUUUUUAUCCCUUUAAACAUUACCUAAACAAUUUAAGCAAAGUAACGUAAGUCUCAAAGUUUUAACGUAAAUAAUAUCGAUCUUGGUACUAGUAUCUAUCGUCCUGCCAGAAAAAUUAACGUAAUUCGCCUUGAAUAAGAAAGUAGUAUUUUGUGUUGUAAAUUGCCUUCGCAUUUACAGAGAAUCAGCUGAUUCGCCCGCGCUGGUCAGCUCUCCUCACAUGUUUCACCUCGCAUCGCUCACUCGCGCGCUGAGCGAAGUUUCAUUUCACUUCGCACUUAACGUAACCUCAUUUACAAUUGUUUGCUAACAUCGUUUUAAAAUCCUUACCGUCAUUUCACUGUUCACGGGGACCUAGUAAUCUUACAUAAAGUUAACGUAAAUCUCAAGUAGAGUAAAUCACAAGAAUUGUUAACGUAAAACGCGUCGUUGUAAAAUUCAUAUUGAAACGCAAAUCAUUUCGUAAGCGCGAGCCGCUACAUUAACGUAAAAAUCGUUCAACGCGAGCGCGUUAUCAUUUUCAUAAAACGUUUUCAAAAGCAAUUCUUUCAUUUCACGUUAACGUAAGUAAAUCAUUUAACGCAAGUUGCGUCAUAUUAAACUAACGUUAGUAGUUCAAUUCAAUAUAAGGGAGUUCAUUCACAUAUCAUUUUUCACCCUCUCCGAGAGAGAGAGAGAGAGAGAGAGAGAGAGAGAGAGAGAGAGAGAGAACCAGAACCCAGUAUUCACGAAGCCAAGAGUACUACAUCUUACCAUUAAUUAUAGCAUGCAGAAUUAACAUUAUUUUAGUCUCUUGUGUCUUUCAUUUACACAGCGUGAUACGUACGCGCAUGUGUCCAGUGCAGUUUGCAAACAUUUAUUUGUUUCAUUAUCGAGUACUUCAGCGAGUGACUGAGCAUUUCUAAAAUUUCCAUUACCUGUCGUUGCCCGAGUGGUCUUUUCAUUUUCUUUAUCACAAAAGACUUGCGUAUACCGCAAGCACAAUUCGCACAGUGUGCCACGCCAAUUCAUUACUUCCAGACAGGGAAGUCGUUACCAGUUUAGGACUGGCCACCACCAGUGCACGUCAGGUCUUACCAUUUCACAGUGCCACUAAUUCUUGACCCUGUCCAUCGACUGGCUGCUGAAGUACUCCCACCUUUUACUUUCUCUCCUCCACCAUUACACUCUGCCCCGAACAGAGUGCCCUUUCACUUCGGUAUACUUAAGUAUACUGCAUCUAGUGUCGUCCGACGGGACAUACCAGCACGAUACCAGUGCUCCAAGGAACGCCUCCAUAAGUGCCAUUGCACCUGUACAGGCCGUACAGGUAGCCAUUAAACCUGCGUGUCCGUCCUUACGGAACGCCCAAGUAACUAGUGUGUCCAUGUACAAGGGUCAGUGAUCCUUCGGAACACUCAACAAAGGGAACGCCUCCCGAAGUGCCGCAAUACCAGCCCUAAGUGCUGACAAACCUGCGUGUCCGUCCAUACGGAACGCCCAAUUCAUUAAUGUCCGUGUACGAGGAUCAGUGAUCCUUCGGACCAACCCAAGGAACGCCUCCUCAUAAGUGCCGCGCACCUGUACAGACGUACAGGUAGCCCUAUACCUGCGUGUCCGUCCUACGGAACGCUCAUUCAUUAUAGAGUAUCCACCAUUUUGGAUCACUGAACCAAGGAACGCCUCCUCAUAAGUGCCGUGCACCUGUAUUGGACCUACAGUAGCCCAUUCCAGCGUCUCCCAACUUAGGAACGCCCUUAAGUGUGACGUACGCCGUACACUCCAUUGAUUUUUUCACCUCUUUAGAAGGUGCCAAUCCAGAAGUGCCACCAACUUACGGGACACUUCCCAAGUGCCACAGAGCACCCAGUCUUCUCAGACUUUUUCUCUACCACGUCGCAGAACACCUUUCCAAGUGAGUGCCACUUUCCACAGUAGGCACUCCUAUUCCAUUCAGUACCCUUUCCUGGCCAUUAUUUUCAUUUUCUUCCGAGCCUCUACUGUAGCCUAAGGGAAAUGUCUUCCCCUGCUUCCCGUGACUUCUUUGCCAGAGAGCUAGAGAAGCUCGGAGCCCUCAUAACUCUGGGCAGGGAGGCUGGUUACACUGGACCAGCCCUUGACCAGUGGAUAAAGACGCAGCAGGCUGCUGCGCGCCAGCAGGGAAAGGAAGAAAGAGAAGCAGAGAGGAAAGCCGCAGAAGCAGAGAGAAAGGAAAGAGAAGAAGAGAGAAAGCAUGAGCUAGCUCUCCUAGAUGACGCAAUCUCUCUGCUAGUUUCCAAGCCCCAGACCAUGAGCUGGACUCCCGGUAAGAGGUGGUUGCGGAGGUUCUGCACCACUUGUUGUGUGCGUGGGCAUGCUGUGGAUUCCGACCAGUGCCCAAGUCGGUCUCUACCUUGGGAGGAGAGCUUCCAGGGUGAACUUCUCCAAGGCUACCAUGUAGCCCUGCCUGAUGAACUGUCUCCUACGCCCUAUCGGUGGAUACAAGUCAUGGCCGACACCGAAGCCCAGGUCUCCCUUAUUUCCAGAAAGGCAUUGCCUAGGGGUGCCAAAAUCCGGACGGACGAAGAAAUUCAGUUCGAAUGGAUUGACGGUAACCUCUAUUCUGUUCCUUCAGUCCUUCUGAAUGUAAAAAUGCCCUUUCUGGACCAGGUGACCAAGGAAACCACAUUGUGCCGCCUGGGCGUAGUGGACCAAUUUCAUGAUGUUUAUCAGGUGAUAUUGGGCCGAGAUUUACUAAAGCCGUAUCUCCCCUGGACGCAGCUCCCACUACCAGAUGCACCGGACACCUGCAGCAUGCCAGAUAACCACACCUCAAUUUUAGGUUCAGAGGCUAGUGCCUCCGAUGUCCCGACAUCCUGUCUAUUUGCGAACCUGGCCCUGACCCAGUGUCAGAGCCCGAAGUUUCUUCCGCACCAUCUCAGCCUCUUACCACUUUACCGCCUACCUCCUCCCCUUUGGAAGAGGUAAGCCCACCAGUUGACCCCGGACUUGUUUCCGAGGGUGAUCCAACAGAGGACGUUUCACCUGUGCCCGAGCACACUGCCAGCCUUGGUGACUCCACAGAUUCGCAACCUGUGGGGCCAUCUCGGUCUUAUCAUCCAGUGCCACGGAAGAGGUUCUGGAACAAGUUCUGCCGAGACUGUGGCCGCAAGGGUCACAUGUCUGCAAAUUACGGAGGGUGCGC